GUCAUCGUCGUGAACGAAGAGUUUUCAAGUUAUUUUUAUAGCUUUCAUGAUUGAUUUCUUGGAACACGAAGAUGCCAAGGAAGACGAGGCGCUCUGCUCGUCAGGAAAAUGACAGUGAUGAUGAAAAACCAGCGAAACGCGCAAAGACCUCAACAGCAGCGGCUAAAAGUGAGGUGAUUCCAAAGUCCGACGAAAUUGCUUCUCCAAAGAAUGUCGAGGAAAAUAAAGAAGGCAAGUCGAUGCUAAAGUUUGUUGGUGCACAAACGUCAAUAGCUGGAGGAAUCCAGAAUGCCGUGACUCAAGCAGUGGAGAUGGGUGCUACUGCGUUCGCUCUAUUCCUAAGAUCGCAGAGGACGUGGAAAUGUAAACCUCUAGAAGAAACCUCGGCUGAUCUGUUCAAAGAGGCCUGCGCGGAGCACGGGUUUUCCCCGAAGCACAUCUUACCGCACGGCUCGUACCUGCUCAAUCUAGGCUCCCCGGACGCUGAGACGCUCCGCAAAAGCAGAGAAGGUUUCCUGGACGAAAUGCAACGCUGUGAGAAGCUUGGCCUAUGCCUGUAUAACUUUCACCCCGGCUCGUCAUGCGGCAAGACGACUGCUGAGGAGUGUUGCCAAACAGUGGCGGAAAGCAUCAACGGUGUGUUGAGCCAGACGAGCGGCGUAACAGCAGUGAUAGAGAACAUGGCUGGCCAGGGGAAUACUGUCGGUGGACGCUUUGAGGAGAUCCGUGACAUCAUCGCAGGGGUCGAGGACAAGAGUCGUGUCGGUGUCUGCAUUGAUACAUGCCAUGCAUUUGCUGCUGGAUUUGAUAUUCGCAAGAAGGAAGGAUUUGAUAAGGUGCUGAAUGAUUUUGACCAGAUCGUUGGUCUAAAGUAUUUGAAAGGCAUGCAUUUGAACGACUCCAAGGGUGAGCUUGGCUGUCACCUGGACAGACACGAAAACAUUGGUAAAGGCAAGAUUGGUAUCGGUGCUUUUCAGUUCAUCAUGAACGACCCACGUCUCAACGACAUUCCGCUAAUACUGGAAACGCCGAUGGGUGUUAGCGACGCUGACGAGGUGAAGCUGCUCUUCUCCUUCUGACCUGCAAAUGUGGUGACGGUAGUGUGUGCUCAGCAAUAGUCUGACGCUGUGUUUCUUCACGCCGGCGCUUUCAUUACUGACGAGCAGAUUUAAUGGUGCUUUACCGUUGCAUAUACUUCUACUUUCCAAUUCUCGUAGGGUACAGUUCAAGGUGGUCCUCCAUCAGUGAAUAGUUUCAUCCUGAUGUCAUCAAGGGAAACUGUACAGAUUUUACAUGUUUAACAGUGCUGGGUUGACCUUACAACCCAACCCCAAUGCAUACAUUGCUCCACCCGCAUCAAAGCUGGCCCAUAUCUUGAUAUCUGUGUACUUGAUAGCCCUUCUCAUAGUCUCGUUUGAACUCGGAAAUUACAAAAAUGUUCAAUUGAUUGUAGCUGCAUGUUGAUCUAGUCCGGGACUUCACCAAGAAUAUGAGACGCAUAGCAAGAUGCUGACAUAGUUUUAUUCUCUCACGCUGUAUCCAUCACAUAAUUAUCAUCCAUGUAGUUUGACCCUGUAUGCUGAAUCGCUGGACGAUUUUGUGUUCCUCUCCGUUAUGAAUAUCAUAUACUUUGCAGUCUUUGCCGAAGCACACCUGAGCAGGGUAAUUGUGUUUGCUCAUUUUUUACGUACAUGUACAUAUCACACUGCAUGCUGAUCUGUGUUCCGCCAUAUGGAGUUUUCAAA